UGAAAUGAAAUCAGUCAGAGGAAACCCAAAAAAGCCACCGGAAAGCCCCCAAUCAUUUCAUCCAUCAAACAAACAAAAAGGAGACAUUAGAAAUGAGUUCAGCAGCAGCAGCUCGGAAAAGCGGAGGGUUGUUCGAAGGACUUUACAAAGUCCUUAUGCGCCGUAACUCUGUCUACGUCACUUUCGUCAUCGCCGGUGCUUUCGCUGGUGAACGGGCAGUUGAUUACGGAGUUCAUAAACUCUGGGAGAACAACAAUGUUGGGAAACGGUACGAGGACAUUUCUGUUUUGGGUCAGAGGCCAGCGGAAUGAAGCGGCCAUGUCUUUAUCAUCAUAUGCAAUUGUUUCUGCUCCCUUUUUGGGAUAUUUGAAAGGACAAGCUUAUAUGGGUCUUGAUAAUAAGUGUUGAUGAAUUUUUCGUGGGUCAAACUGGUUGUGAACUUCCCAGAACUAGAUCCUUAAACUUCGCAGAGAAGUCAUUUCCUAUUAUUGUUUCAAUUUUGAUCUUUCUGAAA